GCUCGCGGGGUGCGGGCGCCCAGGCCGCGCGCUCGGACCACCGCGUCCCCGCGUGUCGCCCGCGAGCACACCGCUGCGAACCCUGCUCCGACGUGGGUGUCAUGGCUUAAAAAUAGCUGCGCAGCCACCAGCCUGCUCCGGCGCCGCAGCCUGGAGCGCCAUGGCCGCAGCCGGCUUCAGGGACCACUGAGACCGCGCAGAGCAACGGCUACCUGGUGCCCAACCCCAUCAUCACUGCAGUCACCAGCAGCUGCCCCGGCUCCUCCUGCCUCUACAAUGUGUCCUGGGAACUGGCUCUGGGCCUCCAUGACAUUCAUGGCCCGCUUCUCCCGGAGCAGCUCAAGGUCCCCUGUUCGCACCAGAGGGAGCCUGGCAGAGAUACCACCCAUACAGCACCCCUUCCUCAACGUCUUUGAGCUGGAGAGACUUCUGUACACAGGCAAGACAGCCUGCAACCACGCCGAUGAGGUCUGGCCAGGCCUCUACCUUGGUGACCAGGACAUGGCCAACAACCGCCGUGAGCUUCGCCGCCUGGGCAUCACCCAUGUCCUCAACGCCUCACACAGCAGGUGGCGAGGUGCACCCGAGGCCUACGAGGGGCUGGGCAUCCGCUACCUGGGCGUGGAGGCCCACGACUCACCAGCCUUUGACAUGAGCAUCCACUUCCAGACAGCUGCAGACUUCAUCCACCGGGCGCUGAGCCAGCCGGGAGGGAAGAUCCUGGUGCACUGCGCCGUGGGAGUGAGCCGAUCCGCCACCCUGGUGCUGGCCUACCUCAUGCUGUAUCACCGCCUCACCCUCGUGGAGGCCAUCAAGAAAGUCAAGGACCACCGGGGCAUCAUCCCCAACCGGGGUUUCUUGAGGCAGCUCCUGGCCCUGGACCGCAGGCUGCGGCAGGGACUGGAGGCGUGAGCGGAGGGAAAGGAGGUCAGGCCAGGCCCGGAUGUGGGUCCCUGGCUCCACCUGGAGAAAAGAGGCCCAGGUGGCAGGUAGCAGAAAGCCCAAAUAGCCCAUCCUCUGCUGGGGCCAAACCCCAGGCCACUGCUGCCCUUUUCGAGGGGGAUGGGAGGUGAAGCUGGGCAGUGUGGUGGCCAGGUGCCCAGGGGAUGCAGACCAGGAAGGGGGCAGCUAGGCUGUAGGUAGAAGGAGGUCCUGGGACCGAGACACCACUGGAUUCCAGCCAAGGCAUUCCCAGUGACACGCAGUCCCUUCCGCUCUUUGUGUCCAAGUGUUCUCCUCUCUCCCUUGCUCAAACAGAAGGGCCAUCUCUGUCCUGUGCCCAAGCAGGGAGCCACAGAUACAGCAGCACAAACCUGAUGAUGCAGGGUUGUGUGCAGACCAUAGUAUGGAGACAGCCGAGAGGGUGUGAAACUGAGGGAGAUUCCCCACAGACCUGUUACCACAAGCACAGGAAGAGCAGGUGUGAGGGCCGGCGUGGCGCCCGUGCGUGCUACUGGUAGCCAGAAGAAUCGCAGAGUGCACGACUGGCCACGAGCAGUCAGUAGUGGAUCCGGGUGUCUGGAUGAAAAUAAAGAUGCUGGAAAAGAGGAGAGCGUUUGGUGUCAUUGACAGUUUGAAAGAGUGCCACACCUCUCUCCUGGGAAUCCAAGCCUUGCUUGGCGUGGCAGUGGUUCCUGACCGCCUCCUAUCAGCGGUAAAUAAACCUCCACCACCUGGCAAACCUCCACCUCCAGUUCCUAUAGAGCCUUGGGGACUCUUGAGCUGUUAUUUCCAGCGAGUCCACAAGGGGGAAGCAGAGGACCAAACACUUCAGGUCUGCAGCCACUCUGCGUUGCUACCCUGACAUUUUGUCUUUCACCUGAGUUUAAAAUAGACCUUUGUUCACAAGUUCAGACGCUUAAAUACUUUUAUUUUUAAAAACUAUUUUUAAACCUGAUUUCUAUAUCAACUCCCCACCCAGCCAGGCCUGGUGGCACAUGCCUGUAAUCCUGGCUACUUGGGAGUCUGAGGCAGGAGAAUUGCAAAGUCCAAGGCCAGCCUGGGCCACGUAGUGAGACCCUGUCUCAAAAUAAAAAGGGCCGGGGAUAUAGUUCAGUAGCAGAGCACUGCCUAACAUUCUCCUAGUUUUAGAAGUCCCCGUUCUGAUGGGAUAACAGAAAAUUAAUAUUACAUCAAGCCCAGCCCUUAAUCUGCUCCAUUUAUGACUUGGUGUUUUGCCUGGUGCCAAAGCACUGAGAGUGAUGGACAGAGGUGAUAUAAUGGCUUUCUCUUUUAAUCUCUACUGAUCCAAAGAUGGUAACACAAUCUGGUUAUCAAGCUUAAUCAAAAACAGAUGUGGGGCUGGGGGUGUGACUCAGUCGUUGAGCGCCCCUGGGUUCUAUCCCCAGUACUGUGAAGAAAAAAGAAACCAGAAAUCAAAAAUAACUUGUGCUCUCAGAAGGACUAACUGUAACUAGAUCAGUACAGAAGACAAUAGGUUAUCACUGCCUUUGUUUUAUUCUAGAAAGCAUAUUACUACGAGUGUACCCAAACUGCCACAACCAUAUUAGUACAGUUCGAAUGUUCCCUAAUUUUUUUCAUGAUGAAUAACCUGAGAAUUUAAUUCUAACUUCUAGGCGGGAAAUAUGGCUUCUAAAGAAUAUUUGACUAAAGAAUAGGCUUCCAGAUUAUCCCCAUAGAGCAGAUUGUAUAUGUUUAUUAUUUAGCAAAGCCAUGGUAUGGUUACAACCACAAACUCUUCUGUCUUUACAGACAGUAACUCAUUUAAUCCUCAUGAAAACUCUGAGUAAUUGUCAUUGCUUAGGAAGUGGAAAGUUGAGGUUAACUAAUUUGCCCAAGGACAAUACAAAUAGUAAAUAUAAAAGGGAAAAUCUGGGUUCUCUGGCUCCAGAAUCUGUGUGUUUAACUCAUUCUACUAUGCUUUGCCUCCAACUCCAUCACUGAAGUUGUGUGUGUGUGUGCACGUGCGCACGUGUGUGUAUGUGGUGUCAGGUAUGGGAAGAAGAGGAAUUGCCAUAGAGCAAAUUCCCCCAAACCUCUGGACCUACUAGCUCCACGCUUCCUGGUUUGAUUGUCUAUAUCUGAAAAUAAAGUGAAUUGAGAAUUUC